GUAAGCGCGUUCUACGUCUCUUGCGUUACAUCGAAAAUGGAACUUUGUACCAAUCCUAGUUUAGUAAUCCCAUAUGGCUCUCAUUCUUCAGGACAGUGUGGUUAUUGUAAAAAUAGUUCUGACGACAAAAAGACUAAUUGGGGUAAUGCUAAAAUUAUUUAGGAAAACACGUAUUACUAUGUUUAUUUUAUCAAAGGUAUGAUGGCUGAACGACUUACUGUUUCAGAUUAUCAAUAUAUGAUCGAUCGAGGAUGGCGUCGAUCAGGUACUUACUGUUAUAAACCUUUAAAUGAUAUUACUUGUUGUCCAUCAUAUACUAUUCGAUGUGAUGCAUUACAUUUCCAUUUAAAGAAAUCACAUAAAAGAGUGUUGAAAAAUAUGUACAAUUUUUUAAAGUUUGGACAGUUACCUCAUGAAAAAACAUCUCAUCAAAAAGAGGAUCUUAAUAAUCUUAGAACGGAUGAUCAUCGUAUGUUUGUUCCUGAGGAAAAAUCGAUGCCUGUUUUAUCAUUUAAAAAUGUCGCCGCAGUUCAACAAAAUGAAGAGAAAACUAAAAGCCAAACAAAUAUAUAUCAAACAGAUUGUUUCGGCGAUAAAAUAUCAUCAUCAACAGAAAACGCCCCUAGUACACCACAUUAUACAUUAAAUACAUCAAAUGAUAGUAAUAAUAAUAAUGUGGAAUUUCAAAGUAUUCAUUCAGGUGAUAAAAUUCAAAGUUCAUCGUCGCAUGAAAGUCAUAAAAUGAAAGCUCAUCUUCGUCGUUGGAUAGCUAAACAAGAACAUUUGCGUCAUAGAAGCCUAAAAGAAAAUCGUUCAUUUGAAAUUUUACUUCAGGAAUACUAUGAAAGACGUCAGAAACGUCUAGAUAAAAAUAAACCAAAGCAAGUCGAAGAUUUUCUACAAUCUGAACCAAACAAAGGAGAAGGAAAGCACUUUAUCGAAAUUCGUUUAAUACGUACAUCUUCACCAACAGAUAACGAUUAUGAAUCUCGUAUAAAAUUAUCUCAUAGAAUUUAUGAACAAUAUCAAAUUCAUAUACAUAAAGAUGAGAAAGAAGAUUGUACUUGGGAGAAAUUUCAACGUUUCUUAGUUAAAUCUCCAUUAGUAUUGGACGAUUUUGAAUGGAAUUCAACUUCACCAAUGUUUGGUUCUUAUCAUCAACAAUAUUGGCUUGAUGGUGACAAAUUAAUUGCUGUCGGUGUUAUCGAUCUACUUCCACGAUGUCUUUCAUCUGUUUAUGUUUUCUAUGAUCCGAACUAUUCAUUUCUUCAUCUUGGUACAUAUACUGCUUUACGUGAAAUUGCAUUUGUUCGUUAUUUAUCUAAUACUUAUGGUUUAAAUUCAAUUCAAUCCGAUGUAUUAUAUCAAAAUUUUAAUUCAUAUUAUAUGGGUUAUUAUAUUCAUUCAUGUUGUAAAAUGUCAUAUAAAUCACAAUAUGGUCCUGCUUAUUUAGCAUGUUCUGAAACCUAUAAUUGGAUACCUAUUAAUCAUUGUGUACAAUUAUUAAAUCAAUUAAAGUUAAAUAAUCAUUAUACAAGAUUUUCAUCUCUAUCUUCAAUUGAUAUAAAUUCAAUUCCUGUUACUAUGGAUAUAGAUACAUUGGAUUCACAUAUUUAUUUUUAUAUAAAGUACAAUGAUAAUACAUCGUUGUCGUCGUCGUCAUCGUCAUCGUCGAAGACAAUCAGUAGUAAAGAAGAUUUCAUGAAUCAUACACCAGUAUCUCUUUAUAAUUUACGUUCAUAUUUAAAUAAACAAGUUAUUCCUAUAUUUCGUGAAUGGGCUAAAUUAUUAGGUAAACGUGUAUUAUCUGGACAUUUUCAAAUUAUUAUACAUUCAAAUUAAUAAUAAUAAUAUGCUGAUGAUGAUGAUAAUGGUUACCAUGGUGAUCACAAUUAAUGUGAAGAAUAAAUAGACAAUAAUACUUGGUAAGGAUUAUGUUUGAUAAUUAUUUAUUUAUUUAUUUAUUAUUAUUAUUAUUGUUGCUACUUAAUUAAUAUUUUUUUAUCGCUGAACUGAUAUUAUUUCCCCACGCCACGCCACCCUACCCCCCGAAAAAAAAUAACGAUCAUCAUUAUUCAUGAAAAAAGAAACCAGGCAUUUUUGGCAAUAUAAUUAUGUUAUUGUGUUUCAUUUUAAAACGAUAUCUAUUUUUUCUUUGUAAACUAAUUCAUACAUAUACCGCGGUCUAUAUCAACAGUAGUAGUAGUAGUUAAUGCAUCACUUACAGAAGUGUAAAUGAUAUUGUAGUGUAUACUACUGAUAUCGAUAGAUAUAAGUAGUAGGUAUCAUCAAUAGACAGUAAAAUGCUUGAUGGCAGAUGGUUAAGAAGAGAACGACAACAGAGAAUGAUUGAUAUGGAAAUGAAGGGACAAUGAAGUUUGAGACGAUUAAUUGACAUUUUACAAAUACAGUAUUUAUUGUAUGGUUCUUAGAUUCUGUAAUUUUAUAUUCAAAUACAUUUGGUUGUUCCUAUUUGUGUUCUCGUUCAUUACAAUAGAAGUAUUU